AUGGGCGCGACCAAGCGACUGUCCAACGGCGAAGCGAAAGCAGUCGGGCCUCACCCUUCGACCAUCCGCGUCUCGGCACCCUACAUCACCCAAGCCGCCAUCGAAAAGCGCCUGCAACCUACCAAUGUCGAUGCGCAGGAGAGGAGUCUAGCAGAGGCUCGGGAGGACAGUAUCCGGUUGCAGGGAGUGCAGUGGUUGAACAACGUCCGACGAGCACUUCAGCUACCCAUCAAGACCUUCACGACCGCUUGCGUCUACUACCACAAAUUCCGCCUGGCACACCCUACCAUCGAGUACAGCUGGUCAGAUGCUGCUGCUGCGAGUCUCUUGACUAGCUGUAAGAAUGAGGAUACCUUGAAGAAGAGCAGGGAUAUUCUGGCGGCGGCGUACAACCUGAAGCAACCCGGCAGCCAUGAGCAAGUCGGUGCUGAUGAUCCCAUCUUUGAGGCUCCCAGUAGGGUGGUGAUUGGGCUGGAGCGAUUGGUGCUGGAGAGUGGAGGGUUCGAUUUCCGCAGCAGAUCGCCCCAUCAUACGCUGGUCAAGAUUGGCAAGAGCUUGCCGCAGAGCGAGGACUCGAAGGAGGUCGCGAAACUGGCUUGGACGAUUCUCACCGACCUCCACCGCACAUUCGCUCCUUUGAAGCAGACGAGCGUGACGCUGGCUCUAGCAAGCCUUGAACUGUCUGCCGACUUCAAGGCUGCAACUUCUGCCGGCAACUCAUGCUCUGUGAAGGACGAUCUUCAGGCUCUGGAUCUCGGCAAGUGGCACAGCACCCGAGAGGAAGUCAUGGAGACGCUGCUCGAUGCACUCGACUUGUACACCCACAAUACAGGUUCGACCAUCUUGGGAACUAAGUACUCCCUGGAUGAUCUACUUCGAAUUCGUCUUGCCUUCAACAAGGAGUGCUCGGACUCCAGCAUUGCUCGCCAUACUACAGUACAGCCACCACCAUCACCGGAUAACGCCAAUGGUUCUGCCAACACUCUUCGUGUUGCGAACGGCCAUCCCACACCAGUGUCACCACCCCAGCCAGGCUCACAGGCUCCGUCGCAAGCGAAUGGGGUAGGUACUAGUCAGCCGGCUCCAGAAGGCGGCGGCACCCUUCGCUUCAUGCUUGACCCACAGCGUGCCACGGAUGAGCGCACGCAAGUCAACAGCUACUACACCGAGGAGUGGGAGGAAUACGAAGAAGAGAUCGAAGUUCCAAUCCCUCGCAACCACUCCCGUGACCACGACCGCCGAGACCGACCACACAGCGAUCGUGACCGAGACAGCCGACCACCUCGUGACUUUGAAGACAGACGUGGCACUCAUCGCGAUAGGCGGUAUGAUCACCGGCGUGAGCGAGAUCGUGAUAGUAGGGGCGGGAGGUACUAUGAGGAUGAUCGGAGACGGGGAAGAGAGGAUAGGCUGUGA